UAUAACCGGUUACUGUAACUAUUUCGUACUGUAUAUUAUUAAACCUGCUAUCGCCGGUCAAUAAGGAAGAACUAAUCAAUGACCCUCCCUCUCUCUCUCUCUCCCUCUCUCUCUCUCUCCCGCAUUCAUUAUUUAACACACAGAACAGAACACAGUGUUGUGACAAAAAUAUCAAAAUCCUUUGGAGGAAUCAUCUCUUUCCUCUCUUCUUUUACUCUCACACUCAUCAUACAUAUAUCCCUCUUUUAACCCUAAUUAAAAAACUCGAAUCCAUCUUUUCUUCUGUGUUUUUGUUUUCUCCUUUUUUAUUUGUUCGAUCUCUGUUUUGAUGCGAUUUCUCUGUUUUUGAUUCUUUUUUUUUCCCCGGGGAAAGCUGAGUGAGUGAGAGAAGAAGAAGAAGAAGAAGCAACAAUGGAGUUUACAGAUUUCUCAAAGACGAGUUUUUACUACCCGUCGUCGCAAAGCGUUUGGGAUUUCGGAGAUUUAGCGGCGGCGGAGAGGAACUCGUUAGGGUUUAUGGACUUGUUAGGUUCUCAACCUCAGUAUCACGACUUCCCUACUGUUUCUCCUCAUUCUUUGCCGCAGCACCAGUCGCAGACGCAAACGCAGCUCUCGACGAAGCUGUCUUCUCCUGUUUCAACUAUCCUUCAAGCUCCUCCACCUUCUCAUAACGCCUCGACGGCAGAGCAACUUGUGGCGUCAAAGGUGGAAUCUUUGUGUUCAGAUCAUUUCUUGACGAAUCCACCGGCGACUCCCAACUCCUCGAUUUCGUCUGCUUCAAGCGAGGCUCUUAAUGACGAGAAACCCAAACGAGAAGACAACGAUGGAGAGGAGGAAGAUGAACAGGACAAGAGUCAUACAAACAAACAGUUGAAACCAAAGAAGAAGAAUAAUCAGAAGAGAGAGAGAGAGGCAAGAGUCGCAUUCAUGACAAAGAGUGAGGUCGAUCAUCUCGAAGAUGGCUAUCGAUGGAGAAAAUAUGGUCAAAAAGCUGUCAAAAACAGUCCUUUUCCCAGGAGUUACUACCGUUGCACAACGGCUUCAUGUAACGUAAAGAAGAGAGUAGAGCGAUCAUUCAGAGAUCCAAGCACUGUGGUUACGACCUACGAAGGUCAACACACACACAUUAGUCCACUCACGUCUCGUCCUAUCUCCACUGGAGGUUUCUACGGAUCAUCAGGAGCUGCGUCGAAUCUCGGUAAUGGUUGCUUUGGCUUUCCUGUAGAGAGCUCCGCGCUAAUCUCCCCUCAGUUCCAACAGCUUGUCCAUUACCACCAACAACAAGAGCUCUUGUCUUGUUUUGGAGGAGCCAACGAGUACCUUAAUAGCCACGCAAAUGAGUAUGGUGAUGAAGAUCGUGUGAAAAAGAGUCGAAGUUUGGUUAAAGAUUAUGGACUUCUUCAAGAUGUUGUUCCAUCUCAUAUGCUCAAGGAAUGAGUAGUAUAUAGUCUAUAUAUUAGUAUUGUAAUUCACUGCAGUAUUGAAUUAAUCUAGCUAUAGGUUUCUUAGAUUGUAUAAUUGUCUAAAAGAAAAACGGAUCUUUCGUUUUCGUGUAGGGGAUAUGUUUUCUUGUGGAUCUAAAAUUAUUAUAGGUACUUGAGCUUAA